AUGGCCGAAGGUGAUUUUCUCGAUGAACAAGCUAACGUGGCUUUACUAGGCUUGCAAUCUAUGUGCAAUGGGCAACACAGCGUCAAAACCAGCAUAGGGGACGAGAUCUUCAAAUUGCUGAUAAAAAUUUUGAAUUCGGAUGAAAAGGCUAACGGAGAUGUGGAUGCGCUUGUUUCAGGAUCUUCGGACUUAUCAAACCUCAACUUUGAAAAUGAACCACUGGAAAACAUACUCGCCGUGUUCAUAAUAUCGUUCAUUAUCGUCGUCGUUGGUGUUUUGUUACUUGGGUUGAUCGGUAUGAUAUGCAUCUCCUUCCGCACAAGCAACAAUAAUGACAAGAGGCUGCAAUGUAACGACGAAGAAAAGCAAGUGCUUGCUGAAAAAGCAUAA